UGAGUAAGGUAACCAACAGGUUGUAUAUUAUUGCAUAUUGGAUUUUUAGCCGCGUUGUUCUCAGAGAGAAUUCUGAGAGAGCUAGCCAUAUGCACGGCAUAGCAACAGGCCGACCGUUAUUAGUUUAGAGCUCUGGUGAAUGUGUGCAAAAAAAAUCGUUUCGCCAGACCCACCUGUGUGCGUGUGCGUGUGUAAGGUUACGUCCUGGUUUCAAUAUCGAAAUAUUUCGGGGAAAUCCACUGAAAAGUUCAAGGAAGCCCUCAAAACCAAACAAACAACAACAACUCACGAAGGAUCACCAAAAAGGACGAGGCACAAUGUCGAUCAAUCCAACAUACACCGCAUAUCCGGAGGAUUUCAUAGAUAACCCGCACAGCCGCCUGGAAGCCACCGCCAGCGCGUCCGUAUCGGCCUCGACGACCGCCACCAAUCUAUCCGAGAUGGACCAUCCGAUACAACCAAUGCGCAAACCGGGCACCCGGCUGGACGAGAACUGCAAGAAGGAGUUCCAACAUUUGAACCCGGACAGCAACAAGCAGGAUAUUGAGGAUCCACCUAUGGGAUGUGAAGAUAUCCGGAAGAAAUAUUACUUGCGUAUUCAGGUGUUAACUGCCAUUUCUGUGUCUCUGGUUUCUUUGGUCAUUGGUUAUGUCUCUGCGUACACCGCCCCAGCCGCUGAAUCCCUUCAAGCGGAGUUGGAAUUGACCAAAAACGAGUGGUCAUGGGUAUGCAGUUUGAUGCCCUUGUCGGCGCUUGUCGGUGGACUGGUCGGCGGACAACUGAUAGACUACUUCGGCCGUAAACGUAUCAUCGCCUUCACCAACUGCAUGUACAUAGCUUCCUGGUUGCUAUGCGCCAAUGCCACGAAUGUCUGGUAUGUCUACGCAGCGCGAACCGUCGUGGGUUUCAGCGUGGGUAUCGCCUCCCUGGUCUUACCAGUAUAUCUGGGUGAAACCAUCCAACCGGAAGUACGUGGUACCCUGGGUCUACUCCCAUCUGCUUUUGGUAACACUGGUAUCCUGGUCUGUUUCGCUGCGGGCAGUUACCUAAAGUGGGACCACCUCGCCUGGGUGGGUUUCGCACUUCCCCUACCCUUCCUGUUGAUCUACUUCCAAAUCCCCGAGUCGCCAAGAUGGUACAUCCUCAAGGAACGCAACGAGGAAGCCAGACAAGCCUUGCAAUACCUCCGUGGUAAAGAUUGUGAUAUCAGCAAUGAAUUCGACGACCUGGUCAGGAGCCACAAGGAAUCCGAGAAGUUAUCCUCGUCUUCAUCACUUACCGACCUGUUUACGAAAUCUAACAUGCGACCAUUGGCUAUCUCCCUGGGUUUGAUGUUCUUCCAACAAAUGAGUGGUAUCAACGCUGUCAUCUUCUACACCACAACUAUUUUCAAAAUGGCUGGAUCAUCCAUCGAUGAAAACGUCUGCACCAUCAUUGUGGGUCUGGUAAACUUCGUGUCUACAUUCCUCGCUACCAUUCUAAUCGACAGACUGGGACGCAAAGUACUCUUGUACAUCUCGAGUGUUUCCAUGAUCAUGACCUUGAGUGUCCUUGGAUCUUACUUUUACCUGCGCAAUGUGAAUGUCGACGUAUCCGACUACGGAUGGUUACCAUUAUUAAGUUUCGUCAUCUACGUACUUGGAUUUUCAUUGGGUUUCGGACCUAUUCCAUGGUUAAUGUUAGGAGAAAUCCUCCCAGCGAAAAUUCGUGGAUCUGCUGCUUCAAUAGCAACAGCUUUCAACUGGUCCUGCACGUUUAUCGUGACGAAAAUCUUCUUGAACAUCAUUGAAUUGGUUGGUACGCAUGGUACCUUCUGGUUGUUCAGUUUAUUCGUACUUGGAUCACUGGUGUUUAUUUAUCUAUGGGUGCCGGAAACUAGAGGCAAGAGUCUGGAGGAUAUUGAAAGGAAGUUUGCGAGAAGGAUGAGUUCGGUGGCGAAUCUGAAACCGCUGCCAUCGUCGGCGUGCUGAUACCAACGACAGUCAUUUGCACCAAUAUGCCAAAGUAUAGAACGAAACAAGAAACGUACAGGGAUAUCAUAGGGCAGGAACAUUCCAGAAUACUCCCAUUGUGAUUUGUUUGAAUUAUUUUUAGAGUAAUAGGCUAAACUGAUGAGUUUAGUCUAAAUGCCUUUUAUAUAUAUGACUAUUGUAAAUUAUUGCAAGAUCUGAUAUUGAAUCUGAUAGCGUAGUAUUGUAUAUGUAUAUAUUUUUAAUGUAUAAUAAAAUUUUUAAUUACGAGUAUAAUAUAUAAGUAUAAAUUAAAGUAUAUAUAACUAUUA